AUGUUGCGUACUUACAAAGUUUAUUACGUCAAGGUACGUGGUUUGACUGGUUACGAAAAGUCAGGUAGUCUUAGGCAUUGAGCACAGAGAUAUACGUAACUAGGGAAUUACUUUAUGGCCUUAGAGAUUUUUAUAAGAAUAAAAUAUGGUGAACAUUUACCCAUUUUAGGAUUCAGCUAAAUGUCUGUGGAAAAUUCUAAAAAACAUUAUUGUUCUUUUAUUUUUUUUCUUUGACAAAGUUAUUUUUUUUUGUAAGCGAAUGGCCCUUCCGACUCCCUAAAAGUAGCAUUGAUCAAAAUUGCAUAAGCUGGUAUCAUUGGGAGGGUACUCCGCUCACAAAAAAGUUAAUUUUGUCAAAAUACGUCUCACCUCUCAAUAUGAGACAUUAAUGAUCGGGAUCAUUUUCGUGAACUUUGGACAUCCACGGAACAUUACCCGAAUCUCAUUAGUAAGCUGUCGCGACCAGAAAUAAAUUAAAUGCUCAUAUCGCUCUUUUUCUCUCCCAAAUUUGCAAUUCCCCUCACGUUCAAAGAGCACUCUGACCCAGUUUUUGAUGAUCGGUCAAUGAGAGAAAGGAAAAGAACUCGCGCAAGUGUUUCACUAGAUUGCAUCGGAACCGACAUUUUGAUGGAAGAAAAAGCAAAUUAGGCUGACGGAUGGAUCCGAACAGUAAUUAAGAGGAUGCUAGAGUUCAAGGCGAGAUCGGAACCGCUUGUCUGAGAUAGCGCGGGGCAUGUGAAAGUAAGACUUGAAUUAGGUGAAUACAUACACAUUAGGCGCGAUGCAAAAGGUGAGCUACUAUGAAUUCCAGGGUUGCCCACAACUGGAAAAUUAUUUUCAGAACGUUUUCGGAAGCACGUUCUUCCUUGUUGUUAUGUCCUUCCUCACACACAUUGGUCACAAGAGGGAGCAGGCAACGAACACACUGUCUUGCUUGAGCCAGCAUUAUUCUGAUGUCAGUCUGGCAAGAUUACAAAGUUUUCCGAACAUGAUGCAGGUUUGAUUAUUCUCAAUAGUAUUUCGCUAGAUUAACUGUUUAGGAGAUUGCAAAUAUUGAGGACAAUAUGGGGAUCAUAUUGCUUAAUCAGGUGGUUUCGCUCAAAUGAUUUUUUUCAACAUUUUCUUAGUUUUCAGCAUGCCAUGAACAUCACUCUCAACUGGUUGUGCAACCUAAAAGCAUUUCACGACCCGACAAUACUAGAGAGCAUUAUCGUUUUUGCAAUGGAUAAUCAUUCCUAUCAGGUUCUCUCGAUGCUUUGGCCAUCAAUAAGGGUCUUCAAAUUGGAUCUCCCUUCUGUGGUACUAUUAGCAAUUCAAUAGAUUCACACAAAACUGUUUUCAGUCUGAACCAUUUCGAGUCGGUCACUGUCAAUAUCAAUUAUUCCAACUGUUACGUGCAAAUCUUGCUACAAUGUUCUCAAUGAUGAACAAAUCGUUCUGGAUGCUGCAGCCAGACACGUAUUGGCGCGAAAAUUUAUUCGACUUAUUUGGUAGGUGAAAGAUGGAAGCAUUCCAAAGUAUUCUAAACACAAACAUACAGACGUCACACAAAAUGAUGCGACCGAUGUUUAUCUAGACGUCGAGGGAGAAUCCGUUUUAUCGUCGAGGAUGAUUGCAGGCGGCAAUUUUCACGUUCGAGCCUCCACGGCUUCGACUCUUUUUUUUUAUCAGUUGAGCACAGAGAUACGGUAAGAGAUGUCAAAAAGUUCCCUGAAAAUAUGACUAGGUGAUAAGAUGACGGAGUGUAAACUGUCUUAUCAACAACAAAACAGUAAUUCCUCAAUACCCAUUCAAAGCUGAUUAAACUUCAUCGAGAAAUAGUACCGGUUUUUCAGAGAACGAUACACAACGGAUAAUAACAUAAUGGGUGCAAUGUGCGCCCAAGGAUUCGCAUCUGUAAAGUGCGAGUUCAUCCCAUACCACACAAUAUCGAAUUGGAGAUGGAAGAACAAAAACCUAAAACCAGCACUGAUGCAAUUCGAUAGUCUUAUACUUCCUGGUACACUCGGGAAAUUGGAGAGGUAUUCAGUUAUAGCUGUCUGAAAGGGACUAUUAUAACUGGUUUGCAGGAUGCAUCAAGUGGGGGCAAAGUUCAUCCAUCCAGACGGAUCGUGUCUUUUGCUCGAAUCCGCGAAUGUUUCCUCACUCGUCGUGUUUGAUGACACGUUAUCUCACGUCCUUUUCCCUCCUUGUUUUCAUUUCUUUCAUGUUGCUCACGGUUUCUGCGAGUCUCUUUGCCAUUUCUUCCCCUCAAUUGUUGAUUUUCUCCUAGGAACGGUUUUCCCCAAUUAUGCCUACUUUUUAAUUUAAUUAGCCGCCUCAGCAGCAACCAAACAGUUCUCUUCCUCUUCUCCCCCCACUCACUUCUCAUUUCCAUACCGACAAGAACAGAAGCAAAAAACCAGUAUAUGCUGUAAGUACGAGAUUCGAAAUAAAGAUAUACUCAGUCGUAUAAAUCCCAACUGAAUCCGAACACCAACACACAUUAUGCGGUCCUUUUUAUUCGUAUUGCUUGUUGCGAUCGUUCAUUUGGCUACGGCGGCUGAGGAAUACAAGAGCCAGAGUGCCUAUCCGGAAAGUGCUCCUACCGUACCUCCGCCACCGCCACCGAAUGCUGUUCCCUACGUAGCACAGUCCGCAAACCCUCCACCUCCUCCAGCGCCAGCCCCUGCUCCAGCGUCUGCAUACCUGGAAUCUGCUCCACCACCGCCACCUCUCGUACCAGCGCCACAUCCUGCUCCGGUCGCCGCAGCUCUACCAGUCGCCUACCCAGCACCUGCUUACAUUGAGCAUUCUGCUCCACCACCGCCACCGCCACCACCAGCUCCGCACCCGACUUAUGUGGAACAUUCCGCGCCUCAACCACCGUACCCGCAGCCACAACAUACGUACAAUGCGGGUCCGCGGCAACAAUAUCCUCAACAGGCAGAGGAGGGCUACCAACAGACUACCCCGGCUUAUCCUAAAUUUGUAAGUUGACCAGUUUACAUUCAAACGAGUAACCUUUUUGCAGCAUUACGCCAGUUAUCCACCGCCAACAACCCAUAGACCGUACCCAUAUCCCAGUUACGAAGUUCUUCCACAUCAUGAAGAGGAUUAUAGAGUGAGUAGAGUGAAUUAAAGAUUUUUUCAUAAUACGUUUCUAGCCACGAACAUCACCCCGACGUACAACAACUACCACUACUCCCAAGCCAAAAACGCACAAACCACGACCAGGAUCGGAUACCGAGUACAACUACCCGGAAAGAAAUCUUCCCCUCAAAGGAUGUUUCUAUAACGACCAUGGUUAUGCGUGUUGUAAUCUCCUUUUGCAAAACAAAAUGGAAGAGUUGGCGGACGUAUGUGACUGACUUUGUUUGUAGUUAUGGAAAAAAUGUCUGUGUACAUGUCCUAGAUAGAUUUUCCGAAUGUUUGUCUGGCAAUCGAGACGAAUUGUGUCGAACAAACCACAUUAUUUCAGGAGUUGUUGAACAACGGAACAUUCCAUCGAUGCAAUGUUCAGAAACUGGCCAACGACCUACAGGCCAAGUGCGAGUCGGCGUAAGACUUCCAUUUCCUGCUGCCGCCGAACAAACAUGUCAUCACAUUUCCAGAUUCGACGAGGAUUUCGAAGCAGUCGUCGGUCUGUCAGAUUUUGCCGAAAGAAUUCAUUUCCGCGAGCAUUAUGUAUGCAAAAUCGAAGUGAAUGGAAGGUUUUGCCUUUAUAAUUCCCGAGGCGUCUAUUCAUGCAAGUUUCUUCAGAUACAUGCUUGCCUGGGCCACUCCGGACGAUCGUCGUGGGCUUCGCGCGAAAAGAGGAUCCGACGACGAGAUUCAUGAAUACAAUUUCUAG